GUCAUUCGCUCGGCGGAGGAGUGCGCGCAGACGGUGGCGCGCUACCUCUCGCAGGAGCUCUGCCUCCGUCUCCUCACCACGGUCAUCAACGACAGCCACACCUCUCUUAACCUGCCCGCUGUGAAGAUGCAGACCCAAGUCAUAAAGGUCUCCUCGCCCGACUUAGUUCAGGAGGUCCUUCCCGACCUCAUUCCCGGACUCGUUGCGGCCUGCAACCACGAAGACAGUCACAUGCGCAAAGCCAGUAUCUUCUGCCUUGUCCAGAUCGCUGUCAAGUUUGGCGAUGCUGUGUGGGGUUACCUCACCGAGUUGAAUGCCGGCAAGAAACGCCUUCUUCGCAUAUACAUCGACAAGGAGCUGGAAGGAGCGGCCAAGUCGAGCGAAUCAGUUCGCAUCAGCGGCAACAUACCGAUGGGUUGA